AUGUCGUCUACAUUGGAGCAUUUGAAAAAACAUACCAUCGUCGUUGGUGACACUGGAGAUUUUGAAUCUAUGAAGCAGUAUCUACCGGUUGAUUCAACAACAAAUCCAUCUUUAAUUUUAUCUGCAUGCAAAUUGCCGCAAUAUUCUCAUUUAUUAGAUGCUGCUAUUCAGUAUGCAAAGAAACAAAAAACACUAGAUGAACAAGUUGAAACAGCUGUAGAGAGAAUAUGUGUCCUGUUUGGUUGUGAAAUUUUGAAAGUUGUUCCUGGACGUGUUUCUACUGAAGUAGAUGCUAAAUAUUCAUUUAGCAUUAAUAAGCAAGUUGAAACAGCUCGUCGUCUUGUUGCAAUGUAUGAAGAAUUGGGUGUUUCUAAAGAACGUAUCCUAAUCAAGCUGAGUUCUACUUGGGAAGGUAUAAAAGCAGGUGAAAUACUUGAAUCAAAACAUGGGAUACACUGUAAUCUGACACUGAUGUUUUCGCUAUAUCAAGCUGUGGCGUGUGCUGAAGCUAAGAUCACGUUGAUUUCACCUUUUGUUGGACGAGUACUGGAUUGGUAUACAGCCAAGCAUGGUAAAAAAGAAUUCUCGAGACAAGAUGAUCCUGGUGUCAAGCUGGUUACAAGUAUCUAUAAUUAUUACAAAGCUCAUGAUUAUAAAACACAAAUAAUGGGCGCUUCAUUCAGAAAUGUCAAUCAAAUUCUUGGCCUAACUGGAUGUGAUCUGUUAACAAUAGCACCAAGUUUAUUAGAAGAAUUAAGUAAAAUGUCUGAAGUACCUACUGUCUGCUUAAGUGUAGAAAAAGCUAAAUCACCAAGUGUUCAACAUUCUCAUCGACCAGAUCAUCCAUUAACUGAAGAAGAAUUUCGUUGGUAUAUGAAUGAAGAUGAAAUGGCUAGUGAUAAAUUAGCUGAAGGGAUACGACGUUUUGCUAAAGACUCCACUAUAUUAGCAGAUUUAAUUAAAUCACGUAUUCAACAAAAGUAG